CAGCUUCUUCCCCUAGUCUACUGGACGACUCCUCAGCAGUCACACUUUUUGAGAACCCCAAAACUGCAGCAAUGCCUCCUCCUGGUGUGUGCUUGAACAUCAUGAAGACUCGUCACAAGAAAGAUGGAUACGGGAGCCUUGCCAGCCCUGAAAAGUUCCUCAACCAAGACUUCAAUCAGCUGAAGCAGUACUGUCUUGUCCAAGGGGUAAGGUACAUCGACGAGUUCUUCCCUCCUGACAGAAACUCCAUCGGCCAAGGGGUAGUGAACCCUUCUGACCUAUCCAGAAUAGAGUGGCUGAGACCCAGGAAAAUUGUUCCAAACCCGGCCUUCAUUGUCGAUGGCGUCUCCAGGUUUGACUUUGGUCAAGGAAUAGUUGGAAACUGCUGGUUUCUUGCCUCUAUUGGAGCUUUGACGUUCCAGAAUCACAUUCUUGUACAAGUUGUUCCACUUGAGCAGUCAUUUGAUGAAGACUACUGUGGGCUGUUUCACUUCAGGUUCUGGAGAUUUGGAAGGUGGGUGGAUGUUGUUAUUGAUGACAAGCUGCCGACAAUCGAUGGAAGACUCAUCUUCGUUCACUCCACAACCCCAAAUGAGUUCUGGCCUGCGUUGCUGGAGAAAGCCUAUGCCAAGGUGUGUGGUUCCUAUUCAGACAUGAGUGCUGGAACUCCCUCGGAGGCUUUGGUGGACUUUACCGGCGGCGUUCAUAUUUGUUUCCAGUUGGCAGAUGCCUCUCCAAACCUGUGGCAGCUCAUGUUCAGAGCAGCCCAGUCCAAGUCACUGAUGGGGUGCGGUACACCUCAGGGAGAGACAUCUGCCAACACAGUAGCACCCAAUGGAUUAGUGGAGGGCCAUGCUUAUACUGUCACUGGGGUGAAACAGGUGAUGAGCCGGGGGGAAGCUGUGAACUUGGUGCGUCUGUGGAACCCCUGGGGCCAAGGAGAGUGGAUCGGGGACUGGAGCGACAAGUCCCCUUUGUGGCAAACCGUGAGUCGUGAAGAUCGUGAUAUGUGCCUUGCAGUGGAUGAUGAUGGGGAGUUUUGGAUGGCCAUGGGAGACUUCUGCAGGUUCUUCUCAGAUCUUGACAUCUGCUCUCUGUGCCCCGACUUCCUCGAUGGAAACUCCUCUUGCCACUGGAAGUCUUCUUUCCAUGAUGGCAGAUGGGUUGCAGGCACCACCGCUGGAGGAUGCACAAAUUAUCGUGACAGUUUCUGGACAAAUCCACAAUAUCGGGUCAAGAUUCAAGGUUUGCUCGAUGAAUGUGCUCAGAAGCAGGGGGAGAAAAACAUGCUGGUGUCUCUCAUGCAAAAGCCUGACAAGAGAAACAGACGCCUCGUCAAAAAUCUUCACAUUGGCUUCAUGAUAUAUGAGUUGACUGAAGAGUACAGGAAACAGCAAGGGAAAUUCCCCGCCUCUUUCUUCAACACCCACCUGCCUGUGGCCCAAACUAAAACCUACAUGAACGCACGUGAGGUGAUGGAGUUCUUCACACUGAAGCCUGGCGAGUACCUGAUCGUGCCGUCCACCUUCAAGCCCAACGAGACAGCCUCCUUCAUCCUGUCCAUCCUGUCCAAGGCAGAGACCCAUAUCCAUGAGAACUCUGGUGACCACAGUCAUAUGGAAGUUGAAAAGCCCGUAGGGACAGAGGGAAGAGGUGAAGAGGACAAGAGAACCUUGUUCCGUCAGUACUCUGACCAGUAUCAGGAAGUGGAUGCUCAGCGGCUCCAGAUGCUUUUGAAUGAAAAAAUCCUCCAAGGGGACUUGAAAGCUGGAGGCUUCAGUCUGGACGCCUGUCGCAGCAUGGUUGCUCUGAUGGAUACAUCCAUCACUGGCAAGCUGAACGGUGAUGAAUUUCUUCGUCUGUGGAAGAAGGUUGUCACAUACAAGGACAUUUUCUUCCGCACGGAUGUUUCCCGCACAGGAACUUUGUCACUGACUGAGCUGAGAAAUGCGAUCAUGGCUUCAGGGAUCAAGGUCAGCGAUGACAUGCUGAACAUUCUGGCUCUGCGCUAUGGUGACUCCACUUUGAACAUGACACUGGAGAGCUUCAUCAAUCUUGUCCUUCGCAUGGACUGCAUGUACAGCAUCUUUAAACAGCUCUCUGAAGGAAUGGUCAUGUCUCUUCGAGAAUCAGAGUGGCUGUUUAUUUCAAUGUACACAUAAUCUAACAGGAAAGAGAGACUGACAAAUGCAGAGCCAAGAAUUACAGGACCAGAUAUUGUACAGGACUUUUUUUUUUUUUUUUUAUAUUAAACUUCUCAAUAGAUAAAAGUAGAGUAUUAUAUCAGGUAGUCUGCUCUGAUAAUACACUGUGACUUAGAAUGGUGAAUAGUGAAAUCUGUCCUCAAAAACCUCUUUCUCAGACUACAACACGGCUUUUUAAUAUAGUGUUAUUCUGUAUGCCAAGGUAGAGCAGAUCUAGCAAUUACUUUGUAAUUUCUUUGUAAUUUUUAACGCAGAUGACUGUUUGUGUUCUUUUCCUGUGAAAUUAGUUAACUAUAUAUCAUUUUUAUUAGUCAAAGCUAAAUUUGGUAUAUUUGUAACUUUUUUAUACAUUACAUUCAUUACCUUUUAUAAGAUAGUAUGCACAAUGGAGUUGGGAGAAUCUCAGAAAUAAGGUAAAUGAUGCAUUAUGUUACUGCAUUUCUGUUCUAUUAUUAUGGAGAGGAAUAUCUAUUUUGGCAGUUUUCAAAAUAAAGAAUGUAUCC